CUCAGAAGUUACGAAAGAAAAAGAAACACCUUUCUUUCUCUUAUUCAAUUUAUGUUCAAUGUUUGAUUCUCUCUCUCUGUCACUCUCACACUCUCUCUCAUGUCAUUCUUAGACGUGGACAAGUCCUGCAUCACAAAACUGACACUGUUCCAAGGCAGAGGUUGUUGAGAAGAUAUUUGAGGAGGAUGCUAAAUAUUUGUGUCGUGGUGGCUGUUUGAUGUUGAAUUGUCUAAUUGUUUUGAAGUUAUGAAUGGAAUCUAGAAUGUGAAGUAUUAUCCAUGAUAGUUCUCAGUUAUGGGGUUCUUAAACAUAGAGAAGAAAUGGUUAUAUCCUUUCCUAGUGUGUUCAGCCAUAUGCAUGCUCUUUCUAGUCACAUCCUUCAACAUGGGUCUUGUGUCUUCAAUUCACUCUAUCAAUUCAUUGUUCUUCUUUCUCCCAUCUCAUUUACGCUCAAACCAGACUUCCCCAGUUUUGAAGGAGAAGAGGGCUACUCCUUCUCCUGCUCCGACACCGGCUAAGCCUGGGAUUCCUCGUUUUGCCUAUUUAAUUUCUGGUUCAAAAGGUGAUUUGGAAAAGAUUUGGAGAACUCUCCAUGCUCUCUAUCAUCCACUAAACCAUUAUGUUGUUCAUAUGGACCUUGAAUCCCCCAUAGAGGAAAGGAAUGAGAUUGCACAUAGAAUUGAAAGACAACAUGUUUUUGCUGAGGUUGGAAACGUUUAUUUCAUCACAAAGUCUAACAUGGUCACUUACCGAGGACCAACCAUGGUUUCUAAUACUCUUCAUGCUUGUGCCAUUCUGCUCAAGAGAAGUAAAGAUUGGGAUUGGUUCAUUAAUCUUAGUGCUUCAGACUAUCCUCUUGUGACUCAGGAUGAUCUACUAUUUACUUUUUCAGAUUUAGAUAGAGGCCUUAACUUCAUUGAGCACACAAGUCAGUUAGGAUGGAAGUUCGAUAAGCGAGCAAUGCCUUUAAUUGUAGACCCCGGGCUUUACAUGUCAAACAAAUCUGAUGUAUUUUGGGUCGAACCUAAGAGACCCUUGCCAACAGCAUUUAAACUUUUCACUGGUUCAGCAUGGAUGGUUUUGUCACAUGACUUUGUUGAGUAUAUUAUAUGGGGAUGGGACAAUCUGCCAAGAACCCUUCUCAUGUACUACACUAAUUUUUUGUCUUCCCCUGAAGGAUACUUUCAGACUGUUGCAUGCAAUGUGCCAGAGUUAGCUAAAACCAUUGUCAAUAAUGACUUGCAUUAUAUUUCCUGGGACAUUCCUCCUAAACAGCACCCUCAUGUCCUUAACAUUAAUGACACAGAUAAAAUGUUUGAAAGUGGUGCUCCCUUUGCUAGAAAAUUUAAUCAAGAUGAUCCAUCCUUGGAUGUGAUUGAUAAGCAAAUUCUCCGAAGGAAAAAUGGACUAUUCCCUCUUGGCGGCUGGUGUGCUGGAAGACCCAAAUGUUCUGAGAUUGGGAACAUUUAUAAACUCAAACCUGGUCCAGGGUCUCAAAAACUUCAUCGGCUUGUCACUGGGCUAAUUUUGAAAGCUAAAUCUGGUCAGGAUCAGUGUAAAUAGAUCCUGUUGAGAACCUUUGUGGUUGUGGAUGGAAGAGCUGAAUAGAUGAAGGUUAUGUUUUUAACCAGAUACAUUAGUAUUCCAGCACCUACUUGAAGGAAAGACAAGUUUCUGAUGUUAUAGUGAAAUUGCACCUCAUUCAUAAUAUAGCAAAUCAAUGAUCAAUCCCCAACUUAGCUGUAGUUAGUUGCCUCUAUGUGAAGUACCAAAGAUGGCAUGAUGGUCAUCAUUCUUUUUGUAGGUCUUGUUUACUUAGAGGUAACACAAUUCUUUAGCUGCCUCAUGAUCCCAGAAUUUUAUACAUUUUUGUUUACGUUUUCCAUUA